AUGAUCUUUCUAAUGGACCUCCAGAUGAUGCUGCUGGAUGUCAUUUACUUCAUCCUGAGAAAUUCUUUGCGGGUUAUCUUGCGUCCACGCACCAAGCCCAUUGAUGGCGAGCUGGUGCUCAUAACCGGAUCAGGCGGUGGCCUGGGUCGUCUCUUUGCUCUGGAAUUCACCAAGCAUGGGGCAGAAGUGGUGCUGUGGGACAUUAAUAGCAAUUCCAAUGAGCAGACAGCCAAGCUGGUGCGUGAGAUGGGGGGAAAGGCGUACACCUACACAGUGGACGUAACCAGCCGGGAAGAUGUGUACCGCAACGCAGAGCUUAUGAGAAAGGACCUCGGUCGGGACGUUACAAUACUAGUGAACAAUGCUGGAGUGGUGGCUGGGAAGCGCAUCCUAGACUGUCCUGAUGAGCUGAUUGAGAGGACUAUGAAAGUCAACUGUCAUGCUCUGUUCUGGACAGUGAAGGCUUUCCUCCCCCAAAUGAAGGCCCAGAAUCACGGACACAUCGUGACCAUUGCCAGCGUCCUCGGUCUCUUCAGCACAGCUUGUGUGGAGGAUUACUGUGCCAGCAAGUUUGCUGCAGUGGGCUUCCAUGAGUCUUUGGCCCACGAGCUGCUGGCUGAGGAGGUAGAAGGAGUGAAGACUACCCUUGUGUGUCCCUACAUUGUGGACACGGGCAUGUUUGAAGGCUGCAAGAUAAGGGAGGAAGUGGAACUGCUCCUACCCCCUCUGGAGCCCCAGUAUUGUGUUGAGCAGGCUAUGAACGCCAUCCUGGUAAACCAGCCAUUAGUUUGUAUCCCUCGCCUCACCUACCUGCCUGUUCUUUUCAGGGCGUUGUUGCCAUGGGAAUCUAACGUGACUGCUUAUCGCUUCAUGGGUUCUGACAAGUGCAUGUACCCCUUUAUUGAAACCACGAAAAAACAAGUGACAAAUGGCUCUGUUGCAGUCGCCUAGUCAUACAUUUUUACACAAAGAAACAACUCUAGGAGUACAAAUGUUAACAAUACCUUCAAAGAUAUUUCAAAUGGUCCACAAUACAUCAGACAGGACAAAAAAAAAAGAAAGAAAAAAAAUGUGGGUUUUGUGAACAAUAGGCCAAAUUGUCCAUCUGCA